AUGGGUGUCAGACCAGAUCAGCACAGAGCAAAAGGGCAAAGAAGGAAACUAGCCCACACCACGGUGCAGAGCUUCCUGAGCUGGGGACUGCCCGUCUCCUGUAGCCGAUUCCUGUGGCGCCAUCAGGGCGAGUUUCCCAUCAGUGCGUUCCUGCUGGGGGCAGGCACCGGGGGGCUCCUGGCCAUAGGUCUCUUUCAGCUCCUCGUGAACCCUAUGAACAUCUAUGAGGAUCAGAAGAUAGUGACGUUGUACAGCCUGGUGGGUUUGGGGGCCUUAGGCUGGGGGACCUCCCCUCACAUCCGCUGUGCCAGCCUCCUGCUAGUACCCAAGAUGCUGGGCAAAGAGGGCAGGCUCUUUGUGCUGGGAUAUGCCUUGGCCGCCAUCUAUGAGGGACCAGUGGCCAACCUGCGGCACAACCUCAAUGAGGUGAUAGCAUCGCUGGGCUGCACCGUGGAGCUGCAGAUCAACAACACCCGCGCGGCCUGGCGCGUCUCCACAGCCCCCCUGCGGGCAGUGUUCAAGGACCUGCUGAGCAGCAAAGAGUCACUGAAAGCCGAGACUCGGAACAUCACCAGCUCCUUUGAGGAGCUGGAUGCCCAGGUGAACAGUGAGAGUGGAUACACACCUGAGGACGACACUGAGGGCUCAGAGCAGACAGCCCAGGGUGGAGAGCCGCUCCACAUGUCAGCCUUCAGACACCGCCUCUCCACACAGAAGAUAUACGAGAUGAAGACAAAGCUGCGUUGCUCCCACGUGGUGAACAAGGCCAUGCUCACCUGCCGCCGCUGGUUUGACCAAAAGCACCAACACUGCAUGCGACACAUCUGGGUCCCGCUCCUCAAGCACCUGCUCUGCCUGCCCAUGAAGUUCAAAUUCUUCUGUGGCAUUGCCAAGGUGAUGGAAGUUUGGUGCCGCAGUCGCAUCCCAGUGGAAGGCAACUUUGGGCAAACCUAUGACUCCCUCAACCAGUCUAUUCAUGGCCUGGAGGGGGAAUUUUCAGCCACUAUUAACCUCAAGGAAGAGAAGCGGGCCGGGAUGCUGGGCCUCAACACAAGCUGGGAACACGUGAGCACCGAGGUGCGAGACUAUGUGAGACGUCAGGAGGCACAGCUGGAGUGGGCCCUGGGGCUGCUGCGGGUGCUGCUCUCCUGCACCUUCCUGCUGGUCUUCCGAGCGUGCUUCUCCUACGUGGACAAUUAUAACGGGGACAUCCGCUUCGACAACAUCUAUAUCAGCACCUACUUCUGCCAGAUCGAUGAUCGCAGGAAGAAGCUGGGCAAGCGGACUCUGCUGCCACUCCGCAAAGCUGAGAAGAAAACUGUCAUCUUCCCCAGGGAUCCCAUGAUCCAGGCCUCAGAAAUGAAAAAUGUGAUACGGGAGCUCUUGGAGACCCUGCCUGUGCUGCUGCUGCUGGGGGUGCUGUGUGGCCUGGACGGGGCCCUCUACUCCAUCUUCGACACCAUCCGCCACCACUCCUUCCUGCAGUACUCCUUCCGCAGCAGUCAUAAACUGGAGGUGAAAGUCGGGGGAGACUCCAUGCUGGCCCGGCUUCUUCGGAAAACUAUUGGGGCUCUGAACACCUCCUCGGAGACAGUGGUGGAAUCGAACAACAUGCCCUGCCUGCCCCAGCCCGUGCCCCUGAGUCCCAGCGCCUAUGUGAGGGCUGCGCUACCAAGCGGCCUGCUGGUGUGUCUCUGCCUGCUCCAGGCUUUCGGCUACCGGCUCCGGAGAGUCAUCGCAGCCUUCUACUUCCCCAAGCGAGAGAAGAAGCGGAUCCUCUUCCUCUACAAUGAUCUCCUGAGGAAGAGAGUGGCCUUCACCCAACUGAGGAGGGCCACCAUCGUGAGGCGGGCGAGACAGCAGAGGGCUCCAGUAACCUUGGCCAUGGUCUUCCCUGAACUGCAGUUUUUCCCUCUGAAGAAUGGGAGGUUGGACAGAUCUGUGUGGCCUGCUCGCUAG